AUGUCGGUCAUAAGCGAGAGCAAACACGGCGUUGAGUACCUCACGGUCGAUUCUACGUUCGGGGCAGUCAAGGGGUUCAUUAAUAAAGAUUAUCCGGACGUUGCCCAAUUUCUCGGUAUCCCCUUUGCAGAGCCACCAAUAGGGUCCCGACGCUGGCUUCCUCCCACACCGAAAGCGCCUCUGACAGCGAUUGAUGCUACGAAAUUCGGGCCCUCAUGUCCGCAACAGAACAAAGGCGGCAGACCUUCAGUGUACAACACAGAUGUUCCUGAACUUCAGAUCAGGGAUGAGACUUCCGAAGAUUGCUUGUCGCUAUGUAUAUGGGUACCAAAAGAGGCAGUUGAAGGCGCAUCAACAGCCAGACUGCCCGUCAUAGUCUUCAUCACUGGCGGCGCGUUCCUCGUUGGCGGCACAACUGUGCCAUAUCAAAAUCCCACGCCAUGGGUUGAAAGCAGUCAGAGACAUAUUGUAGUAUCCAUCAACUACCGCCUCACAAUCUUUGGCUUUCCAAAUGCCGCGGGCCUCAAUCCUCAUGAGCGAAAUCUAGGCCUCCUUGACCAGCGUCUCGGUCUGGAAUGGGUGCACAAGCACAUUGCAUCAUUUGGCGGCGACCCGUCGCGAAUGACGCACUUUGGUCAGUCUGCGGGUGCUCGCAGUAUAGAUGCUCACACUUUCACGUACCCCGACAAGCCUCUGGUCAGAAAUAUUAUCAUGAACUCUGGCUGCGCGCUGCCUCCACUUCCAGUGAGCGAUCCCGAAUGCACACACUUCAACUUCCUAGCAAAGUCUAUGGGUUUCGAAGGUGGUGAUGCUGUCGCCGAGCUGGCGUUCAUGAGGCAGCAGCCAGCCGACAAGCUAGUGGAUGCGAUCCGUGAGCACUGGGUGACUAGUGCAAGGCCAUUCUUAAGUUUUAGGCCUAUUGUCGACGGUUUUACUCUGUUUGACGAUUACGAAGAGCGUGUCAAGUCCGGAAAGUUUAGCAAGCUUCCUGCGAUCUGCGGGACGAUGAAUGACGAAGGCACUGCAGUAGCGUUGUAUAACCCCGAAGGUCCAGACCCAACGGUAGCAGAGCGAAUCACAAAAUGUUACUUCCUUGGACCUAUGGUCAAAAUGGCAAGGGCGCGUUCUGCCCAUGCUCCUACUUUUCGCUUCUUGUUCAAAGACUUUGCGCCACCCGGCUCCAGUUCGUUCCCCAACAUCUCACCGCGACCUUGGCUUCGGGCGUAUCAUAGCUCAGAUAUGCCCUUGGUUUUCGGCACCCAUUCAUGGGCCAGGGGUCCUUCGACACCGCUUGAGGAAAAGGUCUCUAAAGCCUGGCAGGACCUUUAUGUUGCUUUUGCAGAGGGUGGCCCGGACGGACUGAGAAAGCUGGGUUGGAACCACAUAAGUGAUGGUAAAGGAAUAAUAAUAGGUUGCGGUGAGAAGGGUUGGGAAGUAGCACCUCUUGAAGAGAUUGACUGA